AGGUCAUUUCUCCUCAAGUAUGGAAGCUAUGGACAUGAAACUUCAAUGGAUGAUAGAUCUAAUUAAGAAAAAGUGCAGUGCACAAGAACCGAUAUUGAUAGAGUACUAUGAUGGCACAUCAACUUCAGUUAGAGAAGGAAAAAUACAGACAGUGGGUAAAGGCUGGUUUAGGACUUGGAUAUUUAAAGGAGGGACUGGUACCAUUCUGUAAUGACAUAGCUGACCAACAACAUAAGGAUAUCUUACAAAUCAUUCGUUCUACAAAAUCACUACCAUCAACUGUGACGUGUGGGGGUUGUCAAGUUGAAACUCUCAAACCAGACCAUAAGCCAGUAGGGAGUGCUAAAAACAGAGUUUGUCCUCUUGGACAAGUUAAAUGCAGCUGUUGCUUCAAGGGCAAAAUUGCUUGUCCGAACAACAUAUGUGGCGCCAUCUAUGACUAUAUUGUGCAGCAUCAUUCAUCCUCACCACCUGCACCUAACUGGAAAAGCACCGAUGCUCAACAGUGGUCAACAGACCCUUGGAGCAUUUGUAAGUGUUUUAUAAAUGCUCCAGGGUACGAGCAGAAACAAUCUGCUGGGAAAACUGAUUGCACUGGGUUAUUACAUCUAAUGAUAAAUAACCAGUAUUUUCAUAGCCACAUUGGAUGCAAUGUCACAGGAACAAACAAUCUUUUUUCAAAGGUACGUCAGUAUAGAAAUAAUAUUUUCCACUCAAGCAGCAUGGAAUUAGAAGAAAGAGAGGCCAAUUCAUAUAUUGACGAUAUGGUAGCAGUUUUACAAGAUGGUAAAGAGCUAUUACAACAACCAGAUGCCCAGAUAGCAGUGAAAAAACUUCAAGAUCUGAAGAAGACAGACUUCAUUAUUAGUACUGAAAGCUUUGAAGAGAUUCUAAGGCAAAUCAAAGAAGAAAUGGGAAAAGUUUUAAAAUCAACAGAAAAUUUUGCAACUCAAUAUGAUGAUCUGAAGAAAAAGCUAUUAGAACUUGAAACCAAGAUGUCUGACCAAAAGAAGGGAAAACUGGAAAAUAAAAAAGAACUUGAAGAACUAAAGAAAACAAUUACAGAAGAAAAGAAAGAAAAACUUGAGAUGGAAAUUGAGCAAGCGAAAUUGAAAGAGAAACUUACUGUUCUAGAGACACUUGUUUCAGAACAGAAAGAGGAGAUGGCAAAAAUUAAGACACAAACUUCUUCAGAUCAAAGUCAGACAGAGUAUGAGCAAACCAAGUUAGGUAAGUUAAUAUUUGUUUUGAUGGUGUACAUACAAGUGUAUUGA